AGACCAAUCAGACGAGUUUUCAGUUUAUAAGAACAGUAAACGCUGGAGAAAUUGUUCAUUUUCUGCCGAAGUGUUUGUGAGAUUGUGGAGAUGUCUGGAAGAGGAAAGACCGGCGGUAAAGUUCGGUCCAAGGCUAAGUCUCGCUCCUCCCGGGCUGGACUGCAGUUUCCGGUGGGCCGUGUUCACAGGCUCCUGAGAAAGGGCAACUAUGCUGAGCGUGUGGGUGCCGGAGCCCCGGUCUAUCUGGCUGCUGUGCUGGAGUAUCUGACGGCUGAAAUCCUCGAGCUGGCCGGUAACGCGGCCCGGGACAACAAGAAGACCCGCAUCAUCCCCAGACACCUGCAGCUGGCCGUCCGCAACGACGAGGAGCUCAACAAGCUGCUGGGAGGGGUGACCAUCGCUCAGGGCGGGGUGCUGCCUAAUAUCCAGGCCGUGCUGCUGCCCAAGAAAACCAGCGCCGCUGCGGGCUCGAAGACCAAGUGAAGCGGCCAUUCUUUAAUCUAAUAACCCUAAGGCUCUUUUCAGAGCCACUUAAAGGAUCAGUGAAAGGGUGACCUAUUUCAGUCCGCGGCCGUGCCGAAUUUGUAAUUGAU